CACAGAGACGACCCUAUUCCCACGCUUCUUUCGAGCCAACUCUUGGUACGAGUGCGUGUGUGAGAGAGAGAGAGAGAGAGAGGGGCUCUUCCUUCGACAACAUCGCCAUUGACGAUUACAACGACAACAACAACGACAACCACCUCUGUCCCAUGCAUCUUUUCUUUCCUCUACGCUACGAAUCCACACUAUAUUUUCUUUUCUCUUCAUCCUCCAAGUCAGUCAUCCACCAUUGAACCUAUUUUCUCUUUCUCUGGUUUUCUCAGCCUUUUUUGGAUUUUGGGUGCUUUUUUCUUGGUGGUUUUGUCAGAUUGGAUUUUAUUUCCUCUGGGUUUGCUUUCUUUUUCGCAUUGGCUCCUUCCCGUUUGUCCGUUUUCACAUUGGCUCAUUCUGCUUCUGGUAGACAAUGUAGGGAGAGGAAUGGGUGACGGUGACCUUGGCGAGAUCUGCUUGGUGUAGUUUCAUGGGCUAUUUCAUCAUUUUGAAUCUGUCUCUCGCGGGAUUCACUCCAAGAGGUAACACUUGAAGUUGGUUGUCGUUAUUUCAAUUUAGAAAUGGCUAUUCAUGCAACACAUUGCUAAACUUGUUUUUGGGGAUUAGUAUUGCAAUGGCUGAGAAGACUACCUCGUCCCUGGGGAUUUUUUCGCGGAACUCUUUGUUUUGUUUGUUCACAAUAAUAUCAGUCAUGUUCAUAUUAUCUUGGUUUUUCGUGCUGCGUUCAACUGGUCAUCCUCACUACAUUGACCAUAAUUUGUUACCUAAUUCUAAGCUUCUUGCUACAAGUGACAAUGGGGAUUCUACAACCCAUAGUCAAAAGGAUGUUGAACCCUCGACGGGAAAUCGAUCAAUCCUUGUGGACAUUGAAGAAGAAGCACCCCCAGAAAAUGCAAUAACCCAAUCAAAAGAUGAGGUCAAAUGCAAUCCCAAUAAUGGACUACUUGUAGCUCAGGAAAAAGAAAAUAAAGUAGUUCUUAAGGUUUUUAUGUAUGAUUUACCCCCCAAAUUUCAUUUUGGGCUUUUAGAUUGGAAGGUUCAAGGUGAUAGUGUUUGGCCUGAUAUUCGAUCUAAGAUACCUGAUUAUCCUGGUGGGUUGAACUUGCAACACAGUAUAGAAUAUUGGCUUGCUUUGGAUCUCCUCGCUUCUCAACUCCCUGAAGCUCAAAAUGCUCAUAGUGCAAUAAGAGUCCACAACUCCAGUGAAGCUGAUAUUAUAUUUGUACCAUUCUUUUCUUCUUUAUGCUAUAACCGAUAUUCCAAGGCCGACCCACACCAGAAAAAGAGCAGGAACAAGUUGCUACAAGAGGAGUUGGUGAGGUUCUUAACUGCUCAGAAGGAAUGGAAGAGGUCAGGAGGACAUGACCACUUAAUUGUGGCCCAUCAUCCAAAUAGCCUUUUAGAUGCAAGGAUGAAGCUCUGGCCUGCAACAUUUAUACUUGCGGACUUUGGAAGGUAUCCUCCCAACAUAGCAAAUGUUGAGAAAGAUGUGAUUGCACCUUACAAGCAUGUCAUCAGAUCAAAAGUUAAUGACUCUUCUGAUUUUGAUAGCCGUCCAACUUUGCUAUACUUCCAAGGAGCAAUAUAUAGAAAAGCUGGAGGCUUUGUUCGGCAAGAGUUAUUUUAUCUUUUGAAGGAUGAGAAGGAUGUGCAUUUUGCAUUUGGAAGCGUUCAAAAGGAUGGAAUUAAGAAAGCUACCCAGGGAAUGCACUCUUCAAAGUUCUGCCUCAAUAUAGCAGGCGACACCCCCUCAUCGAACCGCCUCUUUGAUGCCAUUGCUAGCCACUGUGUCCCAGUCAUCAUCAGCGACGAUAUCGAGCUCCCUUAUGAGGAUGUUGUUGACUAUUCCCAGUUCUGCAUAUUUGUUCGUUCAAGGGAUGCUCUCAAAGAAAAAUUCCUCUUAAAUCUCAUCAGGGGUAUUAGGAAGGAUGAAUGGACCAGAAUGUGGCAGAAGUUGAAAGAGGUUGAAAACCUCUAUGAAUUUCAGUACCCCUCGAAGGAGGGUGAUGCAGUCCAAAUGAUAUGGCAGGCUGUUGCGCGCAAGGUUCCCGCUAUCAGAAUGAAGUUGCACAAGUCUAGGCGGUUCUCUCGUUCUCUUUCCCGCUCCGACAGGGGGCUAAGAUUGAUACCAUCACCUAGUAAUUUUUGGUGAGAAAGGAAAUUAACAUUCUUUGGGGCUGUGGCAUUUUUAGAGUUUUGGAUAUUGCAGAGUAUUGGGUUGUGCCUCUUCAGCAAUGUCAGAAGUAGAAUGUACAAUUUUGGGGACUGACCUUGUAACUUGCUUGUCAAUGGGGGGAAGGGGUAAAAAAGGGGGAGUAGAAAUGUGUUAAGUUGACGGCCUUGUACUUUGUAGUAAAAAGUAAAAAGUGAAAUUCAGUACUUAUUAACCGAAAUGAAGCUAGCAAAUGUAUUUA